AUGCGUACUUUUGCCUUUAGUUGCGUGGCCUCGGGAUUCCAAGACGGCUGCUGUGGCUCCUGGACCACUACUCUGAUCUAUGUCGAUAAGGUUGGAGACCCGGGCACUGGUGUGGCUGCUAAGGACGGGCUAAAGCUGGGGUCUGGACCUUCAAUCAAAGCCUUAGGUGGGAGAUCUCAAGUUUUAACACCACGUUUUGGCAAAAUGUUCGAUGCUCCACCAGCCUUACCUAAAGCUACCAGAAAGGCUUUGGGAACUGUCAAAAGAGCUACAGAAAAAUCAGUAAAGACCAAUGGACCCAGCACACAAAAACAGCCAAGGUUUUCUGCCCAAAAGAUGACCGAGAAGACUGUUAAAGCAAAAAGCUCUGUUCCUGACUCAGAUGAUGCCUGUUUAGAAAUAGAAAAAUUCUUUCCCUUCAAUCCUCUAGACUUUGAGAGUUCUGACCUGCCUGAAGAGCACCAGAUUGCACACCUCCCCUAGAGCGGAGUGCCUCUCAUGAUUCUUGGUGAGGAGAGAGAGCUCGAAAGGCUGUUUCCGCUGGUCCCUUCGCCGGUGAAGAUGCCCUCUCCACCAUGGGAAUCCCAUCUUGCGGUCUCCUUCAAGCAUUCUGUUGACCCUGGAUGUUGAAUUGCCAGCUGUUUGCUAUAACAUAUUUAAAUGUCUUAGUGCUUUAGAGUUUGUGUGUAAUUGUAUUAACAAAGCAAUCUUUGUUUAACAACAAAAUAAAUGAAUAACUAGAAAGUGGGUCAUAUUCCCCUUUAUAUGCAUCUGUCUUAGCUGUUCUUUGAUUCUGUAUUCCUUCCAUGCUAAGGCCCCUACUCUUUGGGGAUGUGUCAACAUGAUUUACUUCUGUAGAGAAACAGGAGACAGGAAAUAGCAAAGGAUAAAGGAGAAAAGGCCAGGGUCAGGUCAAGAACUUCCUACAUCUUUUCUUCCCAGCCUAGUGUGAGCCAGAUGAAACCCUUAAGGAGGGCCUAGCAGCAAAGGGAGAGAAUUAAAAGAAGAAUGAGAAUUUUGUAGAAUACUAAAAAAAAAAUAGGGAACAUAUUUGCAGCUAGGACUAACUGACUAUCUUGAUUAUAUUAAAAUAUCUGUAUGGCUAAGUAAUAUUCUUGAAAUCCCGCGUCUUAUGCUUCUCAUGUCUUAUAACUUAAGCACUUUUAUGUCCAUGCCUUGAAUUCUGUACAAAGCUUUGAUAGAGUCACAGAUGUCUGGUGUCGAUCCAGGUCGCCUGAGAAGCUUCAGGGGUUCCUCCGUGGUCCCUGAAUUCCAGGACGUAGUGAGCUUCCUAUUCCAGCAGCUGCUAUUCAUUACACAUAUUAGUGGUUUUGCUCUUGCUACUGAAAGUGGGUGGCAGUUAUGUCUCUGAACAUGUUAUUCCACAAAAAGCCAACUGGAUGUGGCUAUUUAAGAACCAUCAAAGCCCAUGACAGGCCAAAGUUUCUAAAUCCCUCCUCAAUCACAGGAUGCCCUCAGAACUGGCCAACAGAAAAGACGCAAGGUCUCACUCCUAGGCUGUCCUACUGUUCUUUAGAGAAGAGUUAAGGUUCUGGGAUCUGUUGCACUCCAUUUUGUUUUUUGCUUCCAUGCUAUUUUAAAACUGGAGGUUGGUUAAGUUUAAAAUUUCAAGACAAAGCAUAAAAUAUUAGCGAAGUUACUUGUACCUUGCCUGUCUCCCUCACUAAACUGUGAGCCCCAUGAGGUCAGAGCCCAUCUCUGUGUUGUUCAUUAUGAUGUCCAAGUACUUCCCGUUUCCCUGGAGCUGAUGCUGUCAUGGGCUGCUCUAAGUAAUCUUUGUCUUGGGUCAGUAGCCACUCAGGUCAAGGAUGAGUUUCCAUUAGGUGUGGGCAUAAGUCCCUACUCAGCCAUUGUCCUCUUCACCGGAAGAACGAAAUUUUGUCUGUAAAGGAGGACAUCAUAUUCUGUAAAUGGUAGGAUCUCAUUCCCUGUAAGAUUUAUAUCGAUGCAUUUUGGACUCAAGCACCACAGGCGUAUUCCACGGCAAGACAGGAAGUAUUACUGGAGUCAGACUCCCUGGGUCCUAACCCCGCUUCCUCUAUUUAAUGGCUACGCAACCUUGGGCAAGCUGGUAACGUCUCAAAUUUUACUUCGUAAAGCUGUUGAUAGAGACGCUAAACAUGUUUAAAUUUCUAAAUGUUUGGUGCUGUGUGUAUGUACAGUCAUUAGCAUAGCAAGCAUCUAAAUGAUAUCAGAGUAGAAACUCAAUAAAUAUUUGUUGGAUGAAUAAUUAACCUCUCAUACUUCAGUUUCAUCAGCUGUAAAUAAACAGGUUUAGCUAUAUGAUAUCUUUUCAGUUCUAAUAUCCUAUGGACUUAUGUUAGUAAUUAUAAUUUUUUAUUCUUAGUAAUUUUUUCAGGAUUACUAUGAGGAUAAGAACUCAAAUUCUAAACUGAAGUAACUCAAGUGAAUUGAGUAAAAACUUGGUCAAAAAAAGAGUGUUUUAAAAAUCACCAUUUAAGUCCAACGAUGAGAUAGAUAGUCUUUGAUUUAAAGUGUGUCUGUGGUCAGCCCAGGGAAAUAGUGUACAGCUUCUCUACAGCGCUUUAAAAUCUUCGUUACAGUCAGUUUAAGUAUUUCCUUGGCAAUAAACAUCAACUCUUCUUUUUCUGACACUUCUUUGUAUAUGAUGGCCUUGGCAUUAGACAUGAAACCAUUAAGAAAAUACAAGCCAGGUCCUCUCCUACAGCCCAUAAAAAUUAUUUAGUUGAAACUGUGCGUAUUUAUUAGCUUAUAAUCAAUUUUAAACUAACUCACUAAAAGUACUGUAUUAGGCCAUUCUUGUAUUGCUAUAAAGAAAAACUUGAGACUGGAUAAUUUAUAAAGAAAAGAGGUUUAAUUGGUUCACAGUUCUGCAGACUGUACAGGAAGCAUAACACUGGCAUCUGCUGGGCUUCUGGGUAGACCUCACAAAGCUUCUAGUCAUGGUGGAAGGCCAAGGAGGAGCAGGCAUCUUACAUAACAGAACAGGAGCAAGAAAGGGUUGAGAUGGGGGCAGGCGGGGACAGGUGCAUUGGCCCAUGCCUGUAAUCCCAGCCCUUUGAGACGUCCAGGUGGGUGGAUCGCUUGAGGCCAGGAGUUCAAGACCAGACUGGCCAACAUGGUAAAACCUUGUCUCUAU